AAUUUUCAGGUAAAAAAAACAAUAUGGGUGGAGUUUUCUCAUCGGCCAGCUCAAACCAAGCACAAAUCACCGGAAUUCUUCAAGAACUCGAGAGAACGCGGCUCGAACGAGAAAUUGCACUGGCUCAUCUCCAAGAACGCCGCAGAAUCGCGUUCAAAAUCGCCGAAGAGCGUGAAAAAUUCAAUUGGAUCGCGUGUGGAGGCAGUUUGGUUGUAGUUCUCUCGGCAUUAUCUUCUUUUCAUCAUAAAAAUCUGCUCCACGUCAUUCCAAUCUUCCCAAUGGCGUCAUUCAUCGGCUACAAAGCUCAUUUUUGUUAUGGAGAUCAGCUAAAAAAGAUUUCCGAAACCUCUACUCAACUGCUUGAAGAAUCCGUGGACGCCCUGGUGCCGCUGCCGCCGACGAUUGCCGAUGUUCGGAGCCGAAGCAAGCAGAUUAAAGAGGAAGAAUCAUCGAAUUAUUAAUAAUUAUAAUUAAUUCGCAGAAUUUAGCGAUUGUAGUUCAGUUUUUAUUGUUAUUUUUUCAAGUUUUCAUUUUUUUUUUAAAUUUUUCAUUGUUUUUACGACAGUAAACGGGUUUUUUCAUUUAA